CACAUUGUGUCCUAUCUAACACCUCUCUCCUUUGAUUUGUCUCCCCAGAAUCAAGGCUGUCCCACGUGGAGGAGCCACCCCUAGGUCAGAAAGAUGGGGGAAAUGGAACAGAUGAAGCAGGAGGCUGAGCAGCUGAAGAAGCAGAUUGCGGAUGCCCGGAAAGCCUGUGCAGACACAACGCUUGCUCAGAUUGUGUCUGGAAUGGAGGUUGUAGGACGCAUCCAGAUGCGGACCCGAAGGACUCUGCGGGGACACCUGGCCAAGAUCUACGCCUUGCACUGGUCCACAGACUCCAAACUUAUGGUCAGUGCCUCACAAGAYGGGAAACUGAUUGUGUGGGACACAUACACAACUAACAAGGUUCAUGCCAUCCCUUUGCGCUCCUCCUGGGUCAUGACCUGUGCCUAUGCCCCCUCUGGCAAUUUUGUGGCCUGUGGAGGCCUUGACAACGUGUGCUCCAUCUACAACCUCAAGUCUCGUGAAGGCAAUGUCAAAGUGAGCAGGGAGCUCUCAGCCCAUACAGGAUACCUCUCCUGCUGCCGAUUUCUUGAUGACAACAAUAUUGUGACUAGCUCUGGAGAUACCACAUGCGCGCUCUGGGACAUCGAGACAGGGCAGCAGAAGACCGUGUUUCUGGGUCACACUGGAGACUGUAUGAGCUUGGCCGUCUCCCCAGACUUCAAACUCUUCAUCUCUGGGGCUUGUGAUGCUACUGCCAAACUGUGGGACGUGCGGGAGGGCUCCUGCCGCCAGACCUUCCAAGGGCACGAGUCCGACAUCAACGCCAUCUCCUUCUUCCCUAACGGCGAAGCCAUCUGCACCGGCUCCGACGAUGCCACCUGCCGCCUCUUCGACCUGCGGGCGGACCAGGAGCUCAUCGUGUACUCCCACGAGAGCAUCAUCUGCGGAAUCACCUCCGUGGCCCUCUCCAAAAGCGGGCGGCUCUUGCUUGCUGGCUAUGACGACUUCAACUGCAACAUCUGGGACUCACUGAAAGCAGAGCGUGUGGGGAUCCUUUCUGGCCACGACAACAGAGUGAGCUGCCUGGGGGUGACAGCGGAUGGCAUGGCUGUUGCCACUGGCUCCUGGGACAGCUUCCUCAAGAUUUGGAACUGAGGAGGCAGCAGAGAGGGGAAGAGCAGCGGAA